GCUGCGGCGCGCGCUUCGCACGGGACCGCGCACGCGUCUCACGGACCGGUGACGGCGAGCCGCCGCAUGAAAGAGCCGGGCGUGUGCUGGAAACCGACACGGAGACGCGAUCGGGUCGGACAUGCUCAGAUUCAUCUGCCAUGGAAACAGAGACGAAACCAAAAUUUUCCUCGAAAGAUGAGGAAAUCGAUUACUGGAAGUCGCUCUCGCUGAAGUACAAGAAAAGUUAUCAGGAUGCCCAAGAGGAGCUCCUGGAGUUCCAGGAAGGCAGCCGAGAGCUGGAGGCGGAGCUGGAGGCCCAGCUGGGGCAGGCAGAGAACCGCAUCCGGGACCUGCAGACGGAAAACCAGAGGCUGAAGGGCGAGGUGGAGACCCUGAAGGAGAAGCUGGAGCAGCAGUACGCCCAGAGCUACAAGCAGAUCUCCAUGCUGGAAGACGACCUGGGCCAGACUCGAGGCAUCAAGGAGCAGCUCCAUAAAUACGUACGGGAGCUGGAGCAGGCCAACGACGACCUGGAGAGGGCCAAGAGGGCAACGAUUGUGUCCCUCGAAGACUUUGAGCAGCGCCUGAACCAGGCCAUCGAGAGGAACGCGUUUCUGGAGAGUGAGCUUGACGAGAAGGAGUCGCUCCUGGUAUCAGUGCAGAGGUUGAAGGAUGAAGCCAGAGACCUGCGGCAGGAGCUUGCCGUGCGGGAGAGGAACACAGACGUGACUAGGAUGUCCGCGCCCAGCUCGCCCACCCUGGACAUCGAUAAGAUGGACUCCGCUGUGCAGGCGUCCCUGUCCCUGCCAGCCACGCCCGUGGGCAAGAACAUCGAAAAUGCCUUCACCAGCUCUAAAGCGCUCUCCAACGGCUUUAGCAACUCCCCACUGACACCGUCGGCACGGAUCUCCGCCCUCAAUAUCGUCAGUGACCUCCUGAGAAAAGUGGGGGCCCUGGAGUCCAAGCUGGCCGCUUACAGGAACUUCACCAAGGACCAAGCGGCGCGGAAGGCGUACAGCACGGGCAACGGCAGCCUGUUCAACAGCAAUGCCACCAAGUUCUCCCACUCGCUCCACACCACCUACUUCGACAAAGCGACGGUGAACGGGCUGGACUCUGGCUCCCUGACUGCCAUCACCUCUGCCCCGAGGACAGCGUCCCCACCUGGGCUUCUGCCGCUCAGCGUCUGACCCCCAGAGGAGAUGGUGGGAGAGAGAGGGCUGUGUGAGUGUGUGUGCCCACGUUUGUGUGUAUUUCUGUGUUUAAAGACCAGAGGGGACUAGCAGUGCUCGUCACGGCCUUCCUGUGUACACACCUGGGUCGAGCCCACGUCUCACUAAGCCUCUAUGCUUGGCAAAGCCUGUCAGUAUCUUUGAGGACUUCAGUCUGCACUGAUAUCCUUCAUUUCCGAGAAAGCCACUGAAAACAUAAUCCUGUAAAAAGAUCCUCUUUGACCACAUUGCCUCACUUUCUUAUUUAUGGCUGUUUUUUACAGUAUUAAAAAUUAAUUUAUUUUUUUCCCAUUAGCGUAUGUAGUGAGUAGUGUAUUUUUUUUGUGUGUAUGUUUGUGCGCACUUUGCACGUCCGGCUGUCUGAUAUAAAGGAAUAGGCCCCAGAGUUUGUAACCGGGCAUGUGGUUGUGUUCCACAUAGUGCUAUUGGAUCAGUCAGCGAGGAGGAGUAACUAAAACACAGCGGGCACAGGUCAGGACGGCACAGGGCUAUGACGUGUCAUAACCGGCAAGGGUCCAAACGAUCCUUUUUUUUGUUCGGUUUUCGGCUGUUGAUCUUCUGGUCCCUUCCUGGUCUUGUACACCAGUACUUAUGGGUGAUGAAGUAGGACCAGGCGGUGGUGAUGGAGCGAUUCCUCGUGCCCACACGGCGGUAACAGUUUGGUUUCUGAAAUUCGUUUCCAUGCAGUGACGGCGAUCACAUCAGUAUGCAGUGAGCCGGCGGGGUCGUCUUCAUCGUAUAAUUGUUGGCUUCUCAUGCGUUAGGUGCCUCUUUCGUUCAGCUGGUUUCAGUUUCAGGUGCUUCCUGUUUGGGUUUUGUUCCUGCAUUCUUCACAUUCCUUAAUUCACACAGAGGGGCUCACUUGUCUUUUGUCCCAACCCUCCCCCCCUUAUGUUAAACAUGGAGUAACAGCUGUCGAAAUCCCGAGUUUGAUGGACAGGACAGUAUGAGGGAUCUGGUGCAUGUUCUGUGUAUCCUAAAGGCCUUUGCUACAAGGCAUUUCACAAUUUUGUGAAUUUGUAGUUGUGUUACAGGAAAACUGACAUUUCAGUUAUGUUUUGAAUUAUGGCGCCACAAAUGCUACACAUAUAGUUCAUAGAACCAGAUAAUUCCAGAAGCACUUUGCGAGCAGUGUACGAUCAUGAAGAUAUGGGUUAAUUUUGUUUUUUGAGAAAUCAGAAGGCAGAUGUUGACCUAUCCCACAUACUUGUUUUUUCCUCCUGAACUGGAUUGUUUGGCAAUAUUUCCUGGUGCAUUUCAGUCCCGUAUGCUGUCACGCAGCGACAUUUCAGUCCGAAUGAAUAUGUUAACAUGGCUCUCAUACCAUGUAGUGCCGUCCAUUCGGCUUGUAAAUAUUGUCACUCUGUCCAAGCCAUUUGUAAAUACCAAGAAGUCUAUGUCAAAUACUCUAUGGCAUGCAUUCAGAGGCGUUUAUAAUGUAAAGUAUAUGGUUUAAGAUCUUGUAUUAUGUAGAAUCGGUUGUUUAAGCUGUUAAAAUAUGAUAAUAAAGAUAUUUAAAAAGCA